AUGGCAUCCAAGACACUCGCAGUUAUCGCCGGCGUUGGCCCCGGCACUGGCGCUUCCAUCGCUAGGAUUUUCGCCAAAACUUAUCCGGUGGUACUUCUAGCUCGGAGCCCCUCGAGCUACGAACCAGUGGUCAAGGAGAUCAACUCCAGUGGCGGCCAAGCCCUGGGUAUCAGCACCGACCUUUCCGACAGCAACAGCGUCAAGGCCGCCUUUGAUCAGAUCGCACAGAAGUACCCCGGCACUGGACUAGCUGCGGCUGUGUUCAAUUCCAGCGGUAGUUUUUCACGGAAGCCGUUCCUGGAGGUGACGGAGGAAGAGUAUUCGACUUCGCUCGAGGCGCAGGCAACGGGCGCAUUCAGAUUUGCCAAGCAUACUUUGCCCCUCCUUCUCCAAGCUAAAGGCACAUCUCCCUAUCCGCCCACCUUGAUCUUCACCGGCGCCACCGCGAGCAUCAAGGGCUCGGCCAAUUUCGCCGCAUUUGCAUCCGCUAAGUUUGCUUUGCGCGCUUUGGCCCAAUCUCUUGCCCGCGAGUUCGGGCCGCAGGGAGUCCAUGUGUCGCAUACAAUCAUCGACGGCAUCAUCGAUAUCCCCCGCACCAAGGCCUACACUGUUGCGCAUGAGGAUGGGAAACUAAGCCCUGACGCGAUUGCGGAUUCCUACUGGCAUCUGCAUACCCAGCCACGCACGACGUUUGCUUUUGAGUUGGACCUCAGGCCGUAUGUUGAGAAGUGGUAA